AUGCCGUUGCCACUGUCGCUGGUGGACGCAGGCUCGUGCGUGCACGCGGUGACACGUACUGUGCAGGAGCUGGAGCUGGGCUCUGUGAUUCCCCUGGGCCGGCAGCACGGCAUCCUCAACACGGUCGACACGCUCAUGGCCAACGUGGGCCACCUGCUUCACGGCCACCUGUCACAGCUGCUGCAGAUCCUCCUGUGCAUGGUGGCAUCCUUUUCGCACAUUCUGGAUCAGCGCGAUCAGGUGCAGCCGCGCUCGGUCGCGCUCGUGAAGCGGCUGCGACGCCUGGGCCAGGAUAGCCUGCUGCACUUUUUUGAAGACAACGAUGCGUACGCCUUCUCUGCUGGCGAGCUGGAGGCAGUCUUCCAGGCACUCUUCUGGCCCCUGAUUACUCGCCUGUCCACAGAAAGCCAGUACUCUCCUACGCCGCUGCUCAAACUUGUACAAAUGUGGAGCCAGAUUCCAAGGUUCAUCCCACUCUUAGCCAAGGAGCACCCAGAGCAUCCCGAGUGCAGUGUGCUGCCCAACGUGUAUGCACUGCUCAAAGCCAAGAAUCUGAGCCCAACGACGGCCCAGUGCGUGCUCGACAUUGCCGAGAACCUGCUGACCGUGCCUGACCCGGAGUCCACGGAGACGCACUCGGCGCUGUCUACGCAGGGCUGCGUGCUCCCCGCACCUGCCAAUGGGACACAGCUGGAGCUGGGCACACGGCUGCUGUUGCCACACGUAACGGGCAUCCUCCAGUACCUGGCGGGCGUUGUCAAGGACCGUGACAAGAUGAACAGCAAAAAAUUCCAUGAUCAAGUUUCCAAGAACCUCAACAUUUUGUCUCGAGUGAGCAAGUUCGUGGUGAACGAGGAGCAGAGCUCUCUUCUCAUCGGUCUGCUCGUGCCCUACCUCUCCAAAGCCAACCUUGGACAGGACAUGGAGGUGGACAUCCUGGAGACAAUCAUGAACCUAUUGAAACGCGUUUCUGUUCCUGGGAGUUACCUCAAGCCUCUGGCAUGUCUCCUGUCAUGCCUCCAAAACAAGCUCUCUCGACAGGCCCUCUCUGCCGUCUUCCAGGUAAUCUCAUUGCUGGACAAUACAGUCACAUACAUCACAGAUGUGAUUGUACAGAUGAAUGCCUUUGAUCGCAGGCAUCUCGACGAUAUCAAUUUUGACAUCCGCCUCGAGGCAUUCCAGGCGGCCACAAAGUACGUGGCUGGCAUGGAGAAGGUGGACAGCGGCUAUCUGCUGCCACUCCUGCACAACUGCUUCUACUCCAUACAGCUGACUGAAAUGGCCCUCUCCGACAAUGCCAGCUUGUGCCUCGCGACGGUGGUGCAGCGCUUGGCGAUCAUCUCGCAUACGGAGGAGGAAUUCCGAGAGGUCAUCACCCGCACGCUGCUCGUGGCUGUGCGGCGCGGCCUCAAGUCCCAGACGCAGAAUGUGCUGCACGAGUACGUGGGCCUGCUACGCUGUCUGGUGCACACGUUCCCACACCGUGUCGAGUUCCAAGACCUUGUGACGCUCACUGAUCCGGACCCUGAGUCGGACUUCUUUGAGAACAUGCGGCACAUCCAGGUGUACCGGCGGGCGCGUGCACUGAAGCGCGUAGCGAGGCAGCUGCAGGACGGCUCGCUCCGCAUCUGUGCCACUGCGUUGCAGAGCUUCAUAAUGCCCUUUGCCACCACGCCACUCGCCAACCCGAAGUUUUCCAAGCAAGAGAAUGUGGUGGAGGCCUGUGUGGACGCACUGGGGGCCAUCUGCCGGCACCUGCCCUGGAAGCCCUACCUCUACACUCUGCGGCACUACAUUCACCUGCUGCAGACUACACAGUUGGAACUUAAACUGGCGAUCAGCUUGCUGAUAACUGUGUUGGACGCUUUCCACUUUGACCUUGAGACCUUGCAGAGAGAGGCAGAGCAGAGCAUUCGGGAAUCUCCGGCGGCCGCUGUGGAGGCAGCGAUGGAUGGAGAGGACGGAGAUGAUGCGAUGCUGCUCGGUGAGGAGGCUGCAUGUGGAGAAGGCGAGGCUGCUGAGCCCAUGGAGGAAGGCAGCACCCAGGCCCUGGGCCUAGGUGGUGAGGUGGCUGAUGAUGCUGCUGCCCCUGCUGCCCCUGCUGUCCCUGCUGUCCCCUCGCACUGCCUGAACGGGCAGCAGCUUCAAGAGCAGGUGCAGCAGACCAUCACCGCCAACGUGUUGCCCAAGCUGCUCGCCUGCCUCGCCACCAGAAGCAAGGCAGAAAUGGACCACAAGGCAGUGCGCACGCGAGGGGUGGACGAGGAGCAGGUGGCUCGCAUCCCGCUCGCGCUCGCCGUGGUUAAGCUGCUGCAAGCCUUGCCAAGCAAAGUUUUGGAGGCAAACUUGCCCAGCGUGGUGCUCAAGGUUUGCUUCAUGCUGAGGAACCGGCUGCAGGAGGUGCGAGAUGUGGCUCGUGGGGUCCUCAUCAAGAUCGCGGAUGCCUUGGGCCCUUCCCAUCCCUAUGUUCUGCAGGAGUUGAAGUCCACGCUCACAAGGGGAUUCCAGCUGCACGUAAUGUCGUUCACGGCACACUAUCUCCUGAAGAGCCUGACGGCCAACAUGCAGCCGGGACAGCUGGAUCCUUGCGUGAACAUCUUCGUUCAGGUGUGUAACGACGAGCUGUUUGGCGAAGUUGCUGAGGAGAAGGAGGUGCAGGGCAUCGUGCGGAAGAGCAUGGAGGCUCGUAGCUGCAAGAGCUACGACACCUAUGAGCUACUGGGACAGUUUGUGAGCUGCAGCCAUGUUGCCGCCCUUAUCCACCCACUUAAGCAGGUGCUGGAGGGCACGAUGAGCCACAAAGUGGCUCACAAGGUGCAGGAGUGCUUGCGCCGCCUGGUUCUGGGUCUGCUCGAGAACUGCCAGCUCACGGGAGACACCUAUCUCCUGCUGAGUCACGCCAUGAUCACGGACAGUCUGCCCAUCCUCAUCAAGAAAGCCAGGGGUCCUGUGGCGCCGGCAUGUCCUCCUCUUCUCCCGCCCCCCAGCUGCCUGCUGCUGCCUCCGACCCCAACGCGCGGCGGGGAAAAGGCGGCGGUCAACGCACGCACCAACGUGCACAUCCUAGUGGAGUUUGGCCUGCAGGUUUUGCAUCUGACACUGAAGAGGUCGAAGGUGAAAAUGACUGAGAAGAAAGUCUUGGAAAUGGUGGACCCGUUUGUUUUGCUGCUGUGCGACUGUUUGGACUCCAAACACGUCAAGGUGGUAGCGAGCGCCCUGCGGUGUCUGGCCUGGUCGCUGCGCUGCCCCCUCCCUUCCCUGGGGAGGCUCGCCGACCGCCUCACCAAGCAGCUUUUCCUCCUGCUCAAAAACUACGCGUGCGCCGGCGCUGCCAAGGGGGACAACUUCGAGAUGAUCCUUUCCUGCUUCAAGGUGAUGACGGUGCUUGUGCGCCACAUGGAGAAGAGCCAGCUCACAGAGAAGCAGCUUCAGGUGCUGCUGGGGUAUGCGGAAGAGGACAUCCAUGACUCAUCUCGCCAGGCCACAGCCUUCGGACUCCUCAAGGCCAUUGUCCAGCGACGGCUCAUGGUUCCGGAAAUGCACGAAGUGAUGACGAAAGUUGCCGAGCUGGCCAUCACGGACCAGGCGGAGGCGGUGCGCGUACAGUGCCGGCAGGUGUACCUGACAUUCAUAAUGGAUUACCCCUUGGGGAAGAAGCUUGGUGAACACCUGGAGUUCAUCGUUUCACAGCUCACGUACGAGCACGAGUCGGGCCGCGACUCUGCCCUGGAGAUGCUCGUCAGCAUCUUCCAGAGCUUCCCGCAGGAACUGCUGCUUGAGUCGAGUAGUCUGUUCUUCUUGCCACGCCUGAUGCUGGUGAACGACGCCUCGGCACGCUGCCGCAAGAUGGCGGCCUUGGCUGCCCGCACGCUGCUCGACAAGAUCAGUGCAGAGAAGCGCGACUCACUCUUCUCUCUUGCCACCUCCUGGUUUCAAAGAAAGAAGGUGCCCAUGCGGCAACUGGCAGCGCACGCAUGUGGGCUGUUUGUGGAGGUGGAGGGCGCAGAGUUUGACCGUCGCCUGACAUCGCUGCUGCCCUGCAUAGCGCAAGACCUGCAGCCCAGCAAUCACGAGAAUGUGGAAAAGAAGACGCAGGAAAAUGCUGCCGACCACCUGCUCUUUGCCCUUCUGACGCUUCUGUCCAAGAUCCUAAAGGGUUGCCCUUUGGUCUUCUCGGCAACGCACAGGAAAAAUAUGAACACCAUCUGGGGUAAGAGCGCUCGGUCCCAGUCCUCGUCGAACAUGACUCUACGCCAGGGUUUGUGUGAUUACGUUGUCAAACUGGGUAAUCAGAACAAUCGAUUAAUUCCUCGGAGUAACGCGAGCAUAUACGGCGAUAGGAAAAAGUCCUUAAACAUGUAUGCGACGAUAUUCAUACGAACGGCAAUAAAGAAACAUCCCGAAGGCAAAGUAUGCGUCAAUGAAUUCAUCGUUCAACUCGAGCUGCAGCUGCCCGUGGGAGCUGGCACUCAGUGUAGAAUGACUUUCGAUCGAUACUUCUUCUGUCAGCGCUGA